AGGAGGGCGGGGCGAUGGGAGAGGCGGAGAUGGGAUCCGGCGGCCAGACGGGUGUUACCCUAGUGACCCAGAAGGGUCUACUGAAGUGACCCAGUCUCUGUAGUACUCAGGCAAUAAAGACCGAGCAGCGGCGGUGAAAAAAACCUGGAAGGCCUGUAGGCUGCAGUGACGCGGAACGUUUUUUUGGUCAGAAACCGAAAGAAGAAGUCGGAAGUGACGUCGCGGUCAAAACAAGCCGGGGUUUGGGGGCCUGCAGUGAAUCUGUGGCCGCAGAUGGAAAGGCCCGACUCGCUGUCGGCUGUCGAAGAUUUUUCAAUAUCUGAAUUCCAGGAGCACAGUGGAUACCACUCGUAUAAAACAAAGAGGAAAUCAUGAAGGAAUGUUUUAAUUAUUGAAACUGCAGUUGAAAUCAUGGCUACAUCAGCAAAUCUGGAUAUUGGAGCUCAGCUGAUAGUGGAAGAGUGUCCCGACAGUUACAGUCUAACUGGCAUGCCAGACAUUAAAAUAGAACAUCAGCUGGACUCGAAUGCAGAAGAAGGAUCAGCUCAGGGUGUUGCCAUGGGAAUGAAAUUCAUAUUACCUAACCGAUUUGAUAUGAACGUGUGUUCUCGAUUUGUGAAGUCCUUAAAUGAAGAGGAUAGUAAAAAUAUUCAAGAUCAGGUUAACUCUGACCUGGAAGUGGCAUCUGUCCUAUUUAAAGCUGAAUGCAAUAUCCAUACGUCUCCUUCUCCGGGAAUUCAAGUAAGACAUGUCUACACUCCCUCUACAACAAAGCACUUCUCACCCAUAAAACAGUCAACUACUUUGACCAACAAACACAGAGGAAAUGAGGUCUCAACCACACCUCUAUUAGCAAAUUCUUUAUCUGUUCACCAGUUGGCUGCUCAGGGAGAGAUGCUCUACCUAGCUACUCGGAUUGAACAAGAAAAUGUUAUCAAUCACACAGAUGAAGAAGGAUUUACUCCUCUGAUGUGGGCUGCAGCACACGGGCAAAUAGCUGUGGUAGAGUUUCUACUUCAGAAUGGUGCUGAUCCCCAGCUUUUAGGAAAAGGUCGAGAAAGUGCACUCUCAUUGGCCUGUAGUAAAGGCUACACAGAUAUUGUCAAAAUGCUGCUUGAUUGUGGAGUUGAUGUAAAUGAAUAUGAUUGGAAUGGAGGGACACCUUUGCUUUAUGCUGUACAUGGAAAUCAUGUUAAAUGUGUAAAAAUGCUCUUAGAAAAUGGAGCUGACCCGACCAUUGAAACGGACUCUGGGUAUAAUUCUAUGGAUUUAGCGGUAGCCUUGGGCUAUAGAAGUGUUCAACAGGUCAUUGAGUCACAUUUACUGAAGCUGCUUCAGAAUAUCAAGGAGUAGACAUAGUCGUCAGGAAGUGUUGUCUGCCCUUCCAUUUACUUUUCGGCUCUUAUAAAUGAUAGUUUUGUUUACUUAUAAAUUUUUACCUCAGUUGCAAAA